GCUGAUAAUAAUUGUUGUUUAUCAAGAAGUAUGAUAGCAGCAUAGAGUAAUAUUACUCUAUGGAUAGCAGAUAUAAAUUUAUAACUUCAGAUAUGGGCCGUUUGUGAUAUAAGUUAUCAACACAGAUUGCUGUUGGAAAAACAAUUUAUACUAUACAUUUUAACGUUAUUGUCGUGACCGGUGGUCUGCGAGUGACGAAUUCUAGGGAGUACAGGAAUAUUUUAAUGUCAGAUCGUGGAUAAGAAAUAUUAAUGGCUUCGAUUUCGAGUGACGAAGAACAUAAGCCAUUCAUGGUUUUGGGUAAAGACGUCUCCAAAAUUCCAUGUUUUCGUAACAGUUACUUGUAUGGUAUACUUGGAGGAUUUGUUGUAGGAGUUGGACAUUUUAUGUUUACAAGUAAAACAUUAAAAUCUACACACGUUGGAUUUGGUUCUUUUAUUGCCAUAUCUACUAUUUAUUGGUCAGUUUGCCGAUAUAGCUAUCAUGAUACAGAGGAUAAAAUGAACGAAUUACAAAAUUUAAUUAAAGGGAAAAAGAGUGGCAUUGAAUGAUUGUACAACGCCAAUUUAUCAAAAUACCACAACUGCUGAUAUCAUUCAGAACAUGUGUAUGCGAAUAGUACAUAAAAUGGGUAAUAAAUAAAAAAAGUGAAGCGUACAUGCGCAUAAUAUAUGUGAUUAUGAUUUAGCUACAAUUGUACAAUAAUAUUAGAUUAUAUUUUAGUGAUGUUGUUUUUGUGCAAUGUAAUAUUGAGUUUGUAAAUAAAAAUAUACAAAACAAAUAUUGUGAUUAUUAA